AUGGUCCUCGCAGGAUCCUUCCCCUCAACGCCCCUCCCCCUAACCGCCUCCCACGAAGGCUCCGGCACCAUCGUGCAACUCGGCUCCUCAAUCCGCGACUUCAAGAUCGGAGACCGCAUCCUCUGCAGCCUGACCUACCACCGGUGCGGGACCUGCGUCGACUGCCGGGGCGCGGAGCCGCAAUACUGUCCCUCCACGGAAUACCUGGGGGUGAGUCGCGAUGGCUCGUUUGCCGAGUAUGAGGUGGUGGAUGGGAGGGAGGCGUGUUUGUUACCGCCGAACCUGAGUUUUCGGAGCGCGGCACCGUUGGCGUGUGCGGGACUUACUGCUUGUAAGUAAGCGUUAUCUUGACUCCGCUGGGCGGUUUACUAAUUUCGUGCUGUAGGGGGCGGGUUGGUGAAGGCGGAUUUGAAGCCUGGACAGAGUGUGGCCAUGGUUGGGGCCGGUGGGGGAUUGGGUCACCUAGGCGUCCAGUUCGCUAAGGCUCUCGGGCUGUAUGUGAUAGCUAUUGACGCUCGCGAGGAGGCGUUGCAGCUUGCCCAGCAGUGCGGCGGGGAUGUAGUUGUAGACGCCCGGAUAGGAAAAGAGAAAGUGGUGGAAGAAGUACAGAAAGUAACGGAAAAACUUGGGGCCGAGGCCACGUUGAAUUUCAGCGACCACGAAACAGCUGCUGCUACUGCUGCGGCAGUUACGAGAAACCAUGGGGUGAUGGUCCAGAUUGCGCAGCCUGAAAAUGUGAGCGUCCCGUUUAUGGAGCUCGUCUUUCGUGAUAUUAAGAUUCGUGGCAGUCUGACAGGUGGGAUCCUCGUUGCAUGUCAUGGCACUAGCUGACAGCCUACAGGUUCAAGAUUAGAGUGCCAGAGAAUGCUUGAGACUGUUUCAAAACAUAAAAUCAAAGUACAAACGAACGCAUUCGUUGGUAUCGAAGAAGUACCAAGAGCCAUUGAACUUGCGCAAUCCGGCAGAAUGAAGGGCAAGCCGGUCAUUCUGAUUGACCUCGAGGCUAUCGAGAAGGAAAAAAGCUCAGGAUGUGAGAUGAUAUAA